CUUUUUAUUCUCUCCAUUUGCUAUCAAAUCUCUUCCUUAAAGUAUCCAAGACGAGGCUGCCCACCAGGUCACAAUGCCUUCGCUGCGCUGGUACCUUUCUUCCCAGUUAUGGAUAACAUUGAAUUUUUCUCAGAUUCUCGCAAUGUUGGCUAUGACUAUGACAACAAUAUGGCCGGCAUAACUGUAGUUGAUUCAGAAUGUGGGUCGAAGGGAGUCGUAGAUGGCCCCACUGGAUACCGCGGUGAGUCGAGGUUUUCUUCACACAGUUCAAAAGUCAAAAGUCCAAGGCAACCCUUCUACGGUACCAGGUAA